GACAUCGCUUUCUAGUAACAGAAUAAAACUGUGAACCCCUUUUUAAAAUAAGCCUUUUAUUAUUAUUCUAUUUCGACCCCUCAUAGUGUGGAAGUCAUGAAAGGGUUUAGUUUCUUGACUAUCUGGGUGUCUUUGUUGCUGCUGGAGAGCUCAUCAUGGGCCAGUGACUCAAGUGUUGUGAAUCCCUGUUGCUACUACCCUUGUCAGAACUCAGGAGUGUGUGUGAGAUUUGGGACAAACAGCUAUGAAUGUGACUGCUCUCGCACUGGUUUCUACGGGGAAAACUGCACAAUUCCGGAGUUCUGGACCCGCAUUCGCCGCAUGCUAAAGCCAAGCCCUUCGUCGGUUCACUACUUCCUCACACACUUCGAGUGGUUCUGGGACCUGGUCAACAACUCUUUCCUGCAAGAUAUAUUCAUGAGAUAUGUGCUGACGGUCAGAAGUGACCUUAUUCCAAGCCCUCCGACCUACAAUACUAAGUAUGGAUACCUCAGCUGGGAGUCCUACUACAACACCUCCUACUACACCCGGCUUCUACCUCCUGUACCUAAAGACUGCCCUUUGCCUAUGGGAGCUAAAGGCAAACCGGUUCUCCCUGAUCCCAAAGUGUUGGCGGAGCGUUUCUUUAAGAGAAAGCAGUUCAGGCCAGAUCCUCAGGGAACCAAUCUGAUGUUUGCCUUCAUGGCGCAACACUUCACCCAUCAGUUCUUCAAGACAGACCAUGCAGUUCAGGGAGGUUUCACCAAGGCUCUAGGACACGGAGUAGAUGCGAGCAAUAUAUAUGGAGACAAUCUCAUGCGACAGCAUCAACUACGGCUUCAUACAGAUGGAAAGCUGAAAUAUCAGUUAGUAAACGGUGAGGUCUACCCCCCUAAGUUAUCUGAUGCCCCUGUGCACAUGCUGUAUCCUGAAAAGUUCCCUCAAGAGCAGCGUCUGGCCAUCGGUCAGGAGGUUUAUGGCAUGCUGCCGGGUCUCACCAUGUACGCCACCAUAUGGUUGAGGGAGCAUAACAGGGUCUGUGACAUCCUGCAGGCAGAACAUCCUACCUGGGACGAUGAGCAGCUCUUCCAGACUGCCAGACUCAUCAUCAUAGGGGAGAUCAUCAACAUUAUAAUAGAGGAGUAUGUGAAGCAGUUGAGCGGUUACCUGCUGAAGCUGACGUUCGAUCCCCCCCUGCUCUUCAGCUCACGUUUCCAGUACAGCAACCGCAUCGCCCUGGAGUUCUGCCAGCUCUACCACUGGCACCCACUGAUGCCUGACAGCUUCCUCAUCGACGGCGAUGAUAUCCCGCACUCCCAGUUUUACUACAACACCUCACUCCUCAUGCAUUACGGAGUGGAGAAAAUGGUCGAUGCUUUCUCUCGACAGCCUGCAGGACAGAUAGGUGGAGGUCACAACAUUAAUGAAGUAUUGCUCAAAGUGGUAGAAAUGGUCAUCAGAGAGUCUAGAGCAGUGCGUGUGCGGCCUUUCAAUGAAUACAGGAAGAAGUUCAACCUCAAGCCAUACCGCUCCUUUUAUGAAUUCACUGAUGACGUAGAAAUGGCCGAAGGUUUAGAGGAACUUUACGGUGAUAUAGAUGCUUUGGAGUUCUACCCCGGGGUCCUACUGGAGAAGGCCCGUUCUAACGGUAUAUUUGGUGAGAGUAUGGUAGAGAUGGGUGCUCCCUUCUCCCUGAAAGGCCUGAUGGGAAACCCUAUCUGCUCCCCUGAGUACUGGAAGCCCAGCACCUUUGGGGGAGAGACAGGCUUCAAUAUCGUCAAAACCUCCACUUUGAAGAAACUGGUGUGCCUCAACUCCAAGUGGUGUCCUUACGUGGACUUCCACGUUCCACGAAAUGAAGAGGAGGCAAAACCAAGGAAACCCUCAACAGAGCUGUAAUGAUUUUAUUAAUAUUGUCUUGCAGUUUAUCAGGGGACGGCUGUGGCUCAGUAGAUAGGGCGUUUGUCCACCAAUUGGAAGAUUCUCAGCUCCUCCAGUCCACAUGUACCUUAUCCCCAAAUUACUCCUGAUGGCCAAUGGUGUAUGAAUGUGUGUGAAUGGUUAGUGUCCAUCUGAUGAGUUGAUGAUGAUGAUGGUGAUGAUGAUGGUCGGCACCCUGCGUGGUAGCCCUGGCCAUCAGUGUAUGAAUGUGUGUGAAUGGGUGAAUGUGACCUGUUCUGUAAAAGCGCUAUUUAAGUACAGUCCAUUUACCAUUUAUACUGACUGUCCACAGUUAUCAAUGUUUUCUGUGAGGUUUGCUCAUACGAGUUUUCCCUCUGAACAUGUUGUAAAUUGUUCGUUUCAGCCUGAUGAAUACCACCUUUUCAUGAGGAGGUGCUUGUAAUAAUUAGCAUAAUCCAUGCCCCUAAAAUUGCCAUAUAGGGCUCUAUAUUCUGCUUAGUCAUGCGGCAAAUUUCAUUUACAAAAAAGUCCCCAAAGAGCAAAAACACAUCUUCAAGUCCCGCUUUCAGAAAGCUGCUAACGAGGUGUCAUCAGAGAAGCUCUGUACUGUGACAGAAAUAAAGAGGGACUGUUUGACAUAUCGUCAGAUGCUAAAAAACAUAUUUUUAAAGCAAAGUGGAAUGAAAUGAUGAAAUAUAUGUUUCUGUGCCAAAAUAUGGCAAUAAAAAUCACAAAAUCUAAAAUACUGUUUGGUAUAAUAUAUAAACUGAAGGCAUUAUAAUCCGUAAAUCAAACAAUAAUGAAUGGGUUCGAACGAGUGGUUCUUGCAUGAGACCCACUGUGCUGUAAAUUUUUGUCGUUGUCCUGUUCAGACUGGAUUUCUCUUGAGGAGAAAGGAUAGAUUUUAAAAUUACUUCCUGUUUGCAGUAAAUACAUUUAUUUAAGUUGGUCUACCUCUUGACGUGACCUCACAUAGUUUCUGGAGAUCCGGUUAAAUCAGUUUAUUUAUUAUCAUUUAGCAGGGACAGCAGCUCAGAUAUUGUUUUUUUUUGUUAUUUGCUUGUAUCUGUAUGACUGAUUAUUUCUUUUUCUUUAUUUGUGACUUUAUCUGUGACUUUUGUAACCUCAUGAAAUUAAAUUAGCUAACCGCUUCCUUUCAGAGAGAGGGUCCUGCACCACUGCCAAUUUAUUUUUAUUCAAUCUUUUUUGGAGACCCAAAAACAAAAACAUGUAAAACUACUGUACAUGUUACCCAAUUAAAGAAGAGUUUAAUGUAUUUUAAAAUACCAAAAAUAUUAGUGUAAGAAGUUGGCUUUGUAAUGUAAUAAAUAAUGUUUCCUCACAGUCACGUUUGGUCUGUGUCAAUAGACACAAGUCUUAUUUCGGUUAAUAUUACACCCCAUAAAUGUUUUUACAGGCUGUUUCAGAUAAAAUGUGACAAAACUGUUACUGAGGACUUUCACUGGUGCAGUUUGGGGAUUAAGUGCCUUGCUCAAGGGCAUCUGAGUCAUAAAAAUAAACCAGGGAGGCCCAAACAAACCAGUUAGACUAGAUUCAACCAGGACUAGAUCCCUGACUGGCUUCCCACCUGCUUACCGCCACUUAAUUUGGUUAUAAUGGCUGCCUAAUGAGGUGAUACAUUGUUGUUUUGGUUAAAUGUGAAUAAAAACGCUGUCUUGUGCUUCUUGUCAAUAAAUACGUUUUUCUUUCUCCAAGCUUAAAGGACACGUUUGCAAUUUCAUAGGCACUGAGAAAAAGCUUCAGAAGUCAGUUGUCCUGAAAUAAAUUGGGUU